GAUCACCAUAACAUGAUCAGAGAGAUGGCAAAGAGCAAACAGAGAGAGAAACAGAUGAGGCUUCACAGCAGUGAGUGGUGGCAGCAGCGAAGGGUGCUACAGCUUCAGAAAGGACAUUGUGAAAGACGCAUUGUGGAGAAACUGUCUCCAUCCAUGCAGCACUCAGAACACUCUGCAGAGAAAGCAGUGACCAUCCGCCAGCAGAGAGGAGAACAAAAGCUGGACUAG